AUGGCUUUACAUGUUCUCUGCAUGGCUUUACAUGUUCUCUGUAUGGCUUUACAUAUUCUCUGUAUGGCUUUACAUGUUCUCUGUAUGGCUUUACAUGUUCUCUGUAUGGCUUUACAUGUUCUCUGUAUGGCUUUACAUGUUCUCUGUAUGGCUUUACAUGUUCUCUGUAUGGCUUUACAUGUUCUCUGCAUGGCUUUACAUGUUCUCUGUAUGGCUUUACAUGUUCUCUGUAUGGCUUUACGUGUUCUCUGUAUGGCUUUACAUGUUCUCUGUAUGGCUUUACAUGUUCUCUGUAUGGCUUUACAUGUUCUCUGUAUGGCUUUACAUGUUCUCUGUAUGGCUUUACAUGUUCUCUGUAUGGCUUUACAUGUUCUCUGCAUGGCUUUACAUGUUCUCUGUAUGGCUUUACAUGUUCUCUGUAUGGCUUUACAUGUUCUCUGUAUGGCUUUACAUGUUCUCUGUAUGGCUUUACAUGUUCUCUGUAUGGCUUUACAUGUUCUCUGUAUGGCUUUACAUGUUCUCUGCAUGGCUUUACAUGUUCUCUGCAUGGCUUUACAUGUUCUCUGUAUGGCUUUACAUGUUCUCUGUAUGGCUUUACAUGUUCUCUGCAUGGCUUUACAUGUUCUCUGUAUGGCUUUACAUGUUCUCUGCAUGGCUUUACAUGUUCUCUGCAUGGCUUUACAUGUUCUCUGUAUGGCUUUACAUGUUCUCUGUAUGGCUUUACAUGUUCUCUGCAUGGCUUUACAUGUUCUCUGUAUGGCUUAA